AUGACGGCUACCACAAGCACAAUGCCACUCAAGGGGAGUAGGCAGCGUGCACAAACCUUGGUUGACAGGCAGUCACCAUGCUAUCCCGACCCGCAUGCUCUCCGGCACGAGGUCGGAUCCAUUGCCCCGGAUCUACGGGAUAGCAAGCUCGUUUUCGAGCAACAUCGUCGGUUCCUGUCUAGUCGUUUGACUAGAGCUCCCCCUAAGGGAGGGGAAGGAAAAGUCCCGUCGGCGGUUUCACUGCCAUGGGACUUUUGCAAGAGGUUCACGGCUGAGGAGGUAGCGUGGCUGUUGCAAAACGGCUACAGCUAUGAGGCUCAUGCCAAUGACACGCUCUUGUUUUUCAGGGCCGACGAGAGAAAGCGAUGGCAAAAGGCCUCGCAACGGGAGCUAGGGAGGGAAAUCUCUCGCCUAGGGUUUUUACGGGGUGAUACCUGGUUACCCCGUUAUAUGUACGAACUCGUGCGAUAUGGCCGGACGUUACUCACUGCCGAGAGGGACGAGGCGUUGUUGGUAGGAGAUAAGUUCCUCUGGCAAGUGGGCCCGGAAUCGCAACGAGUUCUGGACAGGGCGAAGAAGAUCCUGAACGGCGCCGGGGGAAAGAGAAAGGAAACGGGGAAGAGGAAGAGGGAACCGGUGAGGGAGGACAUCCCGGACCCUAAGUACCGUCCUAUGGCUCCAGAACCGAAGCGACGUCGAGUCGCUCGCCGGGCCGCUUCCCGACCUGUCCAGCAGGACGAGCAAGAGGACGUCAUUAUGACGGAUGUGCGCGAGGAGUUGGUGGAUUCAUCCGGCCCGAUGCCAAAGCCGGCUCCGGAGAGACAGAUUUCUCCCGAGGCCACUAUGGAGGGCGCAGGAGAGGAGCCUCAGCCUCUUGCUGCAGUUCCUGAGCGGCGUAAGAGGGCUCGGAAAGCAGCGACCAGCCGAGCAUUGGCAACAGAAACCGUGGCUCCGGCCCUGGUUGACGAAGCCUCUGCAGAGCCAGAGAACUGUGGCUGGACGGAAACUGAUGGCAGCGUAUGCGGGAGCGUUUUCCCCAACAAACUCGAUUUACAGAGGCACGUCCUAAGCUCUCACGUGCCGGCGAGGCGUGACCUUCCCCAAGGUCAAACCAACUGGCUGUGUCGGUUCGGGAGGUGCCAACAUACCUAUGUGGCUGAAGAGACCCAAAAGGUGUCUGGCAUUUUUCCAAAAGCCGAUACCUUAAGCUCCCACAUAAGGGUUUUGUUAGAUGUUAGGGAGUUUGAGUGCACUUUUAGCGCUGAAGGUUGCCGAAAACGAUGGAAUCGUCUUAAUGACAUGAACACUCACGCAAGUCGGUGUAAGUUCAACUCGUUGCCUGUUAGCAAGAAGACUAAAGCCGGGCCUAAGGAGGUGAAGGGCAAGAAGGGCAAAAAGUCUCAGCAGUAG